CAAGAUUCAACAAGAGUUCUCACUAUCUGGGAUUAAAAUAACCAAAAACACUAAUUCUGCCUGGUGGAUAUAAAUACUGGGAAAGUGAAGCAAGUGUAAUGAUCAAUAUCAGCAGUUGUCAGAUAAACGCAUUUUUUUUUUCCCAGUUGUCAUUUUACAUUAAGUUCUAGUUUAUGAAAUUAAAAUGUAAAUGAGUCAGGUACAGGGCCUAAAAUGUAAGCGAAUCUUUUUUUAUUCUAAUUUUUGUCGUCAUGAACUUUGUUGUAACAACUUCUGUCCACUAGAGGGCAAAAAAUUAUCCUUACAUGUCGAUGCUCUCAAAAACUGUUAGAUGUAAUUGGAUAUUUAUUGGUCUUGAACUGAUAACCAAUAGUUUUAUAAGGGCUACGGUGGCAGAGGCUCAGUAACUAGUCUGUUCGUUUACUUUACAUGUUAGGAAAACAUAAGGAUUCAGCCUUUUUUUAAUUAUUAAAAUGUUUGACGUCAUCAUUAUGCGCGGCUGCGGCGACAGGUCACAGAAGCCCUGGAAGGCACACCGGUUAGCCUGUCAAAUGAAAUCCUCUCAGUCGCUGAAGACUCUCUUACUGUGGUGAUCUGUUGUUACGAAACCAGACGAAGCCCCACGGACAAGAACUUCCGCGGACAUGUCCUACUGCAAGCAAGACGGUAAGGAUCGCAUCAUCUUUGUGACUAAGGAAGACCACGAGGCUCCCAGCAAGGCUGAGCUGAUCGCAGAUGACCCAAAUGAUCCCUACGAGGAGCAGGGCCUGAUUCUGCCUAAUGGAGACAUCAACUGGAACUGCCCGUGCCUGGGAGGCAUGGCCAGUGGACCCUGUGGCUCCCAGUUCAAGGAGGCCUUCUCCUGCUUCCACUACAGCAAGGAGGAGGUGAAGGGCUCCGAGUGCAUCGACCACUUCAGCAGCAUGCAGGAGUGCAUGCAGAAGUACCCAGACCUGUAUCCUCAGGAGGAAGAAAACGCUUCCCAGACAGAAUCCAGCUCUGUUCCUGGUUCUGACAACUCCGCCAUGUUGUCUGAAAAUGACUCUUCUCCAUCGGCUGCAUUGGACAGCGUUUCACCGACAGACAAUCAGACGCUUAGCUCAUCAUAAGUGACUUUACAACAAGAGAUGCUCUUGAUUGGCUGGUUUGAGUCUGUCAGGAACGAUUUAUGGGCCAACAGGGGAACGUGGUACAAAAGUACACACACUGUUGUGUAUUCUGGGAAAUAACAAACAAGUGAUAGAUUACUGAGAGGUAACCAUGUGUUGUGCUUCAGAGACUUGAGCUGUAAGACUCAUAACUUGGUCAGGAGCCCAUUCAGGAACUCGUUACAGAGGUUUGAGUUAUAAAUGCUGCUGAUUCUAACCAGGGCUGCUGUUGAAACGUCUGCAUGUCCUCAUGUUUGUAUCAUUCUCAUAAAAAACCUCAGGGUUUCUCAUUCCUGACCCGUCACAUUUACAUUAUCAGUGUUUUUAUUGUCUGAAAGCCGAUGCUGAAGUUGCCACUUGUUGUUCAGGAUCUAAACAUGUUGGUGUUCGUCACGAUAACACUGAUUAAAUUAGUCAGACUGA